GUCUCAGUGUGUGUGUGUAAGUGUGUGUGUCAGUGUGUGUGUCUCAGUGUUCGUCUGUGUGUGGGUGUCAAUGUCAGUGUGUGUGUCUCAGUGUCAGUCUGUGUGUGUCUCAGAUUCAUUUGCUGCCUCCUCGCAAUCCUGAGACCACUCUCACAGUGUCUCCGCGAGUCUCCAACAUGGCGUGUCUCUCUGCUCGUCUUCCCCGCGUGUCUCUCUGCGUGCUGCUGUUGCUGAACGCGGCUCAAGCACAGAUCUACGCCGGCUCCAUGCUGCUGCUGAACGCGUCUGGCCAGGAGUCUGGGGCCUUCGCCGUGGGUGUCGCCGCCCUGGGGGGCGACUUCCGGGCCAGCGACAGCAGCGCGGGGGCUGGGGGGUCGGCGUUUACUCUCGUGCAGUCACUGUGCGAGCAGCUAUCCCAGGGCGUCUUCUCCCUGACGGCACAGACGAGCGGCCCAGCUCAGACCCAGACGCUGCUCAGCUUCUGCCGCCGCCUGGCGCUGCCCUGCCUGCUCGUGUCCCCCCCCUCGGCCCCCCGCAACGAGGGGGGGCACGGGGAGGAGGAGGAGGUCGGAGUGGGGGGCCCAGUGACCCCCCUCUCGCUCGCUCCUGACCCCGGCCCCGCCCUGGCUGACCUCGUGUCCUACUACGGCUGGAAGGACUUCGUCUACUUACACGACGGGGACGACCCCUCCACGCUCAGCUCGCUGCUCUCCUCCCCGCGAGGCCCCUGGGAGGUGACGGUGUUCCACGUGGGGGGCCUGGACGGGAGGUCCCUUCGCUCGCUGCUAGACCCCCUGGACCCCCUGGACCCCCUGGACCAGCGCCACCAGCGCUUCCUCAUCGCCUGCUCCAACGGGGGUCCCCUACAGGAGCUCCUCAAACAGAUCGUGGCGAUGGGGAAGCACAUCAGAGGAUACAACUACAUCCUCUCCAGCCUGGACUUCUCUACGCUCGAUCUCACCGCGUUCCACCGGGGCGGUGCCAACGUCAGCGGCCUCCAGCUCCUCGACUUCGCUAGGCCCCAGCUCAAGGAGCUCCUCCAACAGUGGAGGAAAGUGAAACCACUCUCCAUGUCGUCUCCUGACAGCUACACCCUCAAGUCUAGCUCGGCGCUGGUGUACGACAGCCUGCUGGUGCUGCGCGCUGCUCUGCAGCGCCUGCCUGGUGCCAGCGUCGGUGCACGCGACACGACCAGCCCGUGCCUGCAGAGCUCCUGGGAGCACGGGAACCGACUAGCAAGCUCCAUGCGUGAGGUGGUGUUGGAGGGCGCGUCUGGACCACUGGGCUUUGACAGCGCUGGGAAGCGCUCAAAGUUCACUCUGCAGGUCAUGGAGAUGUCCAGCCAGGGUCCGAGUAAGGUGGGCUACUGGAACCCCGAGGAGAGGCUCGUGGUGACCAGGUCAGCGGAGGCCACUCCGGACCCACGCAAAAUCAACACCACACUGGUCAUCACUACCAUCAUGGACUCACCGUACUUCAUGAUGAAGCCCAACCACGCCGUGUUGCGUGGCAACGCCCGCUACGAAGGCUACGUAGUGGACCUCGCCGAGGAGCUGUCCAGGGCCCUCGGCUUCAGCUACGUCCUGAGCCUCGUGCCCGACGGCCGCUACGGACGCAGGGAGCCUGGCACGAGGGUGUGGCAGGGCAUGAUCGGAGAGGUUCUCUACGGGCGCGCCGAUCUGGCGGUGGCUCCGCUGACGAUAACGUCAGAGCGGGCGGCCGUGGUGGACUUCACGAAGCCCUUCAUGACGGUGGGCAUCUCGGCCAUGCUGCUGGGGGGAGAAGCGGCGCUCCCUGGGGGCUCGCUGUCGCUGCUGGCUCCCCUAGGGCACGACACGUGGCUCUGCCUGCUGCUGGCACUGCUGGGGGUCGGCUCCGUGCUCUUCGUGUUGUCACGCUUCAGCCCCUACGAGGGGGGGGGCCGAGGGGGCGGGGCGGUGGGGGGGGGGGGGCGCCCCCCCGCUACCCCCAGCACCAAAGUGGCGAUUGGGGACAGCUUGUGGGGGGCCUUCAACCUGCUGAUACAGCAUGGCAGUCAUCUCACUCCACGUGCGUGGUCGGUUCGCGUGCUGUCGGGGGCGUGGUCUCUGUUUGCGCUUCUCCUGGUCGCCGCCUACACGGCCAGCCUCGUCGCGCUCCUCCUGUCCACGCGGGCGGCGCCCUCCGCCAUCGCCUCCCUCGACGACCUGGCCAGCCAGGGCGCCCUCCACUACGGCACCCUGGACGGGGGCUCCACGCAGAACUUCUUCCGCGAGUCCAAGUUCCCGGUGUACCAGCGAAUGUGGAGCUCCAUGCAGUCAGCUCGGCCCAGCCCGUUCGUCCGCAGUAACGCGGAGGGAGUGGCGCGGGUGCGCGCCUCUGGCGGGCGAUUCGCGUUCCUGCUCGAGUCGCCCACCAACGAGUACAUCAGCCAGCGAGCUCCGUGUGACACUAGGCGUGUGGGUAGAGACAUCAACCAGCGGGGAUACGGGAUAGCCAUGCCACGUGGCUCGCAGCUCAGGCGUGUGGGUAGAGACAUCAACCAGCGGGGAUACGGCAUCGCCAUGCCACGUGGCUCGCAGCUCAGGCGUGUGGGUCGAGACAUCAACCAGCGGGGAUACGGGAUCGCCAUGCCACGUGGCUCGCAGCUCAGGAGUGCCUUGGACCUCGCCAUUCUGAAACUGAACGAGGGCGGAGUGCUGCAACAGAUCAAGCAGAAGUGGUGGUACGACAAGGGCGAGUGUGGGCACGUGCUGAACACACGGGAGGGCCCCCAGCCGCUGAGUCUCUCUGCCAUCUCGUCCUUGUUCUAUCUGCUGCUGGCUGGUGUGGCGUUGGCCCUGUUUGUGGGCGUGCUGGAGAAAUGUGUUCGCCCAUCGCCACUGCUGAACGCAGAGACGGAGCACGGCAAGCAGGCUGGGCAGGCACUCACUUAGGAGAUGCUCACCACUCACUCACCACUCACUCAUCACACAGAGACACUCACCACUCACUCACUCACCACUCACUCACUCACAGACUCACAGACUCACUCACUCACAGACUCACAGACUCACUCACUCACUCACCACUCACCACUCACUCACUCACCACUCACUCACUCACACAGACUCACAGACUCACCACUCACUCACCACUCACUCACUCACUCACCACUCACUCACCACAGAGACGGAGCACGGCAAACAGGCUGGGCAGGCACUCACUUAGGAGAUGCUCACCACUCACUCACCACUCACUCACUACUCACUAACCACACAGAGACACUCACCACUCACUCAC